CACAAUAAAGCCAGGAUCCUAGUGAUCAUGUGGCCACUCAGGCUGGGGCUGGCUGGAGGGCUUCAGCACAGCCCACACCAGCUCUCACCUAGAUUCUGGGUGCUGGUUUGAAGUCAUGAAACGCCAUCUCAAGGAGAGCAGGAGAGAACAGUCACCAAUCAGUGGGACCACUAUCAGCAUGGCCAGCCCAGAGUCCACAGAGGAGAGCGCAGAAGUGUGCUGGCCAGGUGGGACCAUGAGGAGGAAUGAGUCAUCUCCACGGCCAGGGCCUGCCUUCCUCCCAGAGGACAUCUACUUGGCAGCCCGGACACACGCAGUGCUGGGCUGGAGCAGCUCUCCGUCAUCCCAGUCGUCCUCAGAGUACCAGUCCUAUUCUCCGUACCAGUCCUGGACCUCCAGCAGGUUCGAUGAGCAGCAGGAUGCCCCACCCGAGAGCGUGUGUGCCCUGUACACCCACGUGCAGACCGUGCGCGGCGUGGCAGUGGCUUGGGAGACUGACGAUGGCUUUGAGCCAGUCACCAGGAAGCCCCUCAUCCGCGAGGCCGAGUUCAUCAAGCGACAGCGGCGGAAAGGCUCCUCCUUUGAGAUGGCCUCCAAUACAGACCUGCACUGGGAGCUGGAAGCCUGCAAGCACUACUGCCCGCAGGCUGAGGACUCUGUGGACUGCUGCUUGGAGGAGCUGCGAGCACCACCAGACUGGCUGGUCACCACCAACCAUGGCCUUCGCUGCGUGGCCUGCUGCAGAGUCUUCCCCACACUGGAGGCGCUGCUGGAACACGCCCAGCAUGGCAUCCGAGAGGGCUUCAGCUGCCAGAUAUUCUUCGAGGAGAUGCUGGAAAGGAAACGGGCCCGGGAACAAAGGCGGGACCAACAGCCUGUAGAGGAGGAGGAGAGCUCUUCUGACAGUAGUGAAUGUUUCAAGCCCACCACGAAGAUGCUUCCGCAACAGCAGCAGCCACAGCAGCAGCCACAGCAGCAGAAGCCACAGCAGCAGCCACAGCAGCAGAAGCCAGAGCAGCAGCCACAGCAGCAGCCACAGCAGCAGCCACAGCAGAAGCCACAGCAGCAGAAGCCACAGCAGCAGCCACAGCAGCAGCAGCCACAGCAGCAGAAGCCACAGCAGCAGCCACAGCAGCAGCUACAGCAGCAGCCACAGCAGAAGCCACAGCAGCAGCUACAGCAGCAGAAGCCACAGAAGCAGCCACAGCUGCAGAAGCAGCAACAGCAGCAAAAACAACAUCCACAGCAUCCACGUGGGAAGUAGAGAUCGGAGGUGAGGUGCCCACCCUCCCUCCAGCAUCAUGGGUUGCUGCUCCUUUUCCAGCCAUCAGGACCAGAGCCACCAGAGCAGGGGGAGAGGACCAAGGUGGUAGGGGAAGAAAGCCAUCCAUGUGGCAUGUGGAACAGUAAGGUGGGAGGGCUAGGAGCCUUUCCCCAAGGUGCAGCUUUCCACCAGAGUCCGUUUCAGAACCUGAAUUCCAAGAAGAGGUCUUCAAGAGUUCCUGAUGGUGGAUACAAAGUAAGAAACGUGCAAGCAGGUGGCCACAGGGAUUUGCAUUUUUGCUGAAGGAUCAAGAGCAGUCCAUAUCUGCUGCUCAAGCACUCGUGACUCACAGGGAGCCAACUGCAAAUGAAGUUUCGGCCCUAUUUUUUUCAUUGUUAGGCAUCUGUCAUAUGCCCUAAUUCUAUGUCUUAUGUUAUUGGGAUUAAACUUGAAUAAGACAAA